CGGAGGCGUGACCGGAACAGAGCUGGCGCAGCUUCGACUGCCAUCUCAGCACCUCAGGGUGCUGCCCCCGCCCUGGGACCCCCACGCCAAGGCAGGAUGGAGGAUUUGGAUGCUUUGCUGGCAGAACUGGAGCAGAGCUCCUGCCUGGCCUCCAAGGACCGUGCGCUGCAGGGACCAAGCUCCUGCCAGGAUGCCCAGCAUGGUACCCUGAAGGUGCCGCUGCCUCCUCGAGCUCAGCCUCUAGGUGAAGGGUUGGAUUCAGUGUACAGCACCCCUCUGCCAGUCCCAAAGCCGCUGGUCCCCUCACCCCCACCCACAGAGGCCGCCUGGCAGCUGGAUGAGCUCCUGGCCGGCCUGGGCCACACAGAGAGCAAGCUGGCAGCUGCAGGGCAGGGAGCCGGGGUGCCCACGGAGUCCUCGCUGGACAACAUGCUGGACAGCCUCACGCGGGACCUGCAGGAGCUGGGCAUCACAGCCGCACCCGCCGGCAUCUGCGCCGGCUGCCGCAAGCCCAUUGCCGGCAAGGUGCUCACAGCCCUGGGCAAAACCUGGCACCCCGAGCACUUCACCUGUGCCCACUGCGGGAAGGAGCUGGACAAGGGGCCCUUCUUCGAGCAGGGCGGGCGGGCGUUCUGUGAGGAGGAUUAUCACCAGGCCUUCUCCCCGCGCUGUGCCUACUGCGCCGCGCCCAUCCGCGAGAAAGUCCUCACGGCCCUGGAGCAGACCUGGCACCCCGAGCACUUCUUCUGUGCCCACUGCGGGAAGGUGUUCGGAGAUGAGGGGUUCCUGGAGCGCAAUGGGAAGCCGUACUGCCACCAGGACUUCGUGGCCAUGUUUGCCCCCAAAUGCCAGGGCUGUGAGCGCCCUGUCCUGGACAACUACCUGUCGGCCCUGGAGGGUGUCUGGCACACCGAGUGCUUCGUGUGCACGGAGUGCCUGACUGGCUUCACCGGCGGGUCCUUCUUCGAGCUGGAGGGGCGGCCCUACUGCGAGCUGCACUUCCACCAGCGGCAGGGCACCAUCUGCCACGGCUGCGGCCGCCCUGUCAGCGGGCGCUGCAUCACAGCCGCGGGGCGCAGGUACCACCCCGAGCACUUCGUCUGCACCUACUGCCUGGGCCGGCUGCACAAGGGCACCUUCCGCGAGCGUGACGACAAGAUGUACUGCCAGCCCUGCCACGACAAGCUCUUCGUGUGAGCCCCAGGCGCCCAGCACACAGCCUCCCUGCCUGGAUGUCUCCAGCACGGUCCCCGCCAUCAACACGCCUGGCAUUGUCCCUGCUGACCCAAACACACCUCAUAUCCCAGCCACCAACAUCCCUGGCACUGGUCUCACUCAGCCAGCAGUCCCCAGCCUUGUUACUGCCAAGCCAGGCAUGAUUCCUUGGCCUCCUCCCUGCAAGACAUCCCUGGCAUUGCCCCUUGGAAGCAAUAAAAUACCUGGUCCUGCCUUUUCUCUAAUUACUGGUGGCUUUGGGGAUAAGGGUGCAAGGCAAGGUGGGAGGGCUGGGAGAUACCACACGGUUUGUCACAAAGUGACACCUCUGGGAGCCACAGAGACUGGCACCACUCCUGGAAAAGGGACCUGGGCCCAGCAGCAAAGCCAGAAACACCAAAGGGGCAGGCACACAUCACACUUUAAAAACUUUAUUUAUAUAAAAAAAUCAUUUUGUUUUAAAAGCGUUACAAGAGUGUGCACAGGAAUCAGACAAGGAACGGCUUGGCGCUUCCCCCUCCUCACCUCCUUGGCCCCCCUCCCCACCAGGGCCAAGGAGGAGAGAAGGGGGAUGCUGUCUUUUUGGUUCAUUUGGAAUUAAAAAUUAAAAAAGGAAUUAGUGUUUUACAUAUUUAAAGGAAAAGAGAAGAGUUAGAUCCCAGAACAAAACCCAACCGAGCUGAGGUGGGGCUGGAAGCAGGGCAGGCCCAGCCAGAGCUGGGAGGGGAACUGGGGCAGGAGCAAGGCACGACCUCUGCCCCUGCCACCUCCCCAUGACCUGAGAGCCCUCCCUGGGGAGAGUCCCGGGCUGGGAGGGCUCCUGCUCCAGUUUGCAGCCCCCUACAGAGGCUUCCAGUUGCACAGGGAGCCCCAGGGCUCCCCGAAAGAUCACAGCACACAGAUGUGCCCCAGCACCACAGCCAAGAGGAGGAGGAGGAGGAGGAGGAG